CAGGUAGGCAACCGUACAGACGCCUAACACGAAUGAUAAAAGCGUGUAUAGGUUAACUGUACAUAGAUUUCCUUCGAUCAUGGUAUAACAGUUUAUUCUCGUGUGAGAGAAAUACAUGAAAUGAAGUAUUUAAUUAUUGCAUUUUAAUCAAAUCGCCACUAUUGUAAAACUGACUUUCGUUUAUAAAACGGUCCUAGAAAAUAAUCCACGAUGAACCACUUUACGCGAAUUACGCACAGCAGGAAAUUAGCAAAACAUUGUCGGUUAAAUAGAUUGGAAUCUACGAUGUCAUCAGAACCUAGUAUCAAAAUACCACCUAGGAUACAUCGGGGACCUACAGAUAUUUUACGUGCUCUUGAUAGUACGGUACCAAAAGAUCCAUUGAGCGCAUCCUAUAAAUAUCACGACGAUCCCUUUUUAUAUCCAAUAAAGAAACUGGAUCAACGUGCAUAUGCAUUAUCAUAUGAAUCUGGUAAAAAAACGGCAAUGUGGAUCCAUAAACAGCAUGGAAACUUAUUUCCAACGGAUCUCUCACAACCACAGAUCAAAGCAUUUAUAGCUCCAACAGUAUAUACAGAUAAAAGUCAAGUAUCAGAAGAAAUACUUUUGCAAGCUAUAUCGCAAUGUAAUGUGGCUGAUGCUCUUGAUAUUUAUAACUUAUUGGAAUGUGAUGUUUCCAACAAAACGAAACAAGCAUUAUUAGAAUUGUUAUGUUUUUACAAUGCCAAUACAGAUUCUGCAUACAAUUUGCCACACGAACGGUGGUUUGUUAAACCUAAUGAAACCACAUAUUGGUCGCACCAUCCAGAAAUUGAGAAGUUAUACAACUUUUUGAUAACCCAAGAUCCACUAACAGCAGCUAAAGCUCAUAAUACUCUUAUAUGUGGCUACUCGAAAUGGAAAAAUGAGAACAAAGCUUGGUUGCUAUUUCAGAAAUGCCUGAAAGAAGAUAUUCCAUUAAGUGUCACUACCUAUAAUUCUGGAAUACCGCUAAUAACAAAGCUUUACAUAAAAGAUGAUCAAGAAACAAUACACCUAUUAAAUGAAAUUUUUCAAUCGAUGGAUGCAAAAGGUGUUUAUCCAAAUGUUGGUACAUUGAAUGCUGCCCUUAAAGUAGCAUCUUCAUUGUUGUCAACUGAUUUAAGCCUAGAUUUUGGAGAACAUUUACUUAACGAAUUCAAAAGAAUGAAAAUAAAAUUUUCGUUAAGCACAUAUUAUUAUAUUAUUAGUAUCAAUAGACGUACAGGUGAUCAUUCAUACAGCACUUUUAUGAAUACCCUAAAUACAAUGUUAAAAGAAAAUUUUACUCUUCAAGACCCCUUAGAUUGUAAAUUUUUUACUAAGGCUAUAGAGACAGCUUCUCGUUAUUACACCGAUAAAAAAGCCGGUGAAAUGGUACACAAACUUUUCCUUACUGGCAAUAAUCACAAAUUUUUGACGUCUGCAGCACAAGAGCAACUUUAUUUCAAUACAUACCUAACAUUAAUGUUAAUGACAAGUACAAUGGAAGAAUUCUACAAAUGUUUUCAAAAAACUGUUCCGCAUAUGUACAUCCCAAGUAUGCAUCAUAUGGUUGAUAUUAUCGCACAUUUAAAAACACAACCUGCGACAGUUUUAGCAGAGUAUAUACCAAAAUUCUGGUCAUAUAUCAAUACAUUCGAGAUAGCGGAAUCUGCUUUGAGCAUUAAUAUGAUAGAACUCAUAAAAACUGUUGAUGUACCGUCUGACUCACCUUUGAAUGCAAUAUUUGCGGAUGUAGCUUGGUCUUGUUGGAUAUAUAUACAGAAAGAAAUGAAGAAGUCCUCUAGUGCAUCGUAUGAAACUUCCAUCACGGGGUGGAUAGCAAUUCUAUUAUUACGCGAUAGUCGUGUGACAGAAAUGAGAGAAGUUCUGACGAAUUUCGUUAAAGAUACCUCGAAAUUUUUACCAACAAUGCAGAAAUCGGAAAUAAACCAAUUAUUCGAAGGUUGUAUUUCGCAGAAGUGUUUCCAAGAAGCUCUUCUUGUUCUCGAGUAUUGUAUAAACUUAGAAUUAGAAUACGUUGUUGAAAUAGCAAAUAAAUUGUGUAAUAAUCCAGAGCUUAGUGAUGCAGAUCGCGAUAAAUUGGUACAGUUAGUAGGGAGUGAUACGUUGAAUUUGUUGAAUAAAAAGUAAUCAAAUUAAUUAUAAUCUGAUAUAAUAAAAAAUUAUUUAUAAGAGUAUAAAAUCGUGUAUUUCUUAAUGUUUUCUAACUUUUACAACUCCAAGAUUGAUUAUUGUAUUAAUCUAUUGAAAAUGUAUGCAAGAUGGAAUUGGUUCUUUAUUAAAUUCGCGUUAUAUGUAGAAGAAUUUCAAUCAGUUUGUCAUUCAAAGAAUAAAAAUUACACACGUGA